AUGGGCCCCACCAACGGACAACAACCCCCCCGCGUCUUGGACUUCGGAGGCAAACGGGCUGUGGAACUGGGCACGGGCUGCGGCGUGGCGGGCAUGGGCCUAUUCCUAUUGGGCCUAACGGACUUGGUCCUCACUGAUAUCGUGCCCGUGAUGCCGGCCCUGAAGUGCAACCUGAAGGUGAACAAGCGCAUCCUCCACAAGACCCUUUCUACAUCAGAUGGGCUGCCUCCAUUUUCCUCAACUACGCCACUGGUUGCAUCUUCGAGUACGAUUCCAAUCAUCCUCUCGGAUCUUGAAUCGGCUUCAAAGAACUGGACACUCCCAAUUUCACCGGUUCCUUUUACUCUAAGACUAAAGCCAUGGUAG